UCGCCCGCUCACACGCGCCGCAAAGCCACGCCGUCGCCACCGCCCGAAGGAGACACACACAACAGGUGGUACACGCUGUAGAGAGGACAGAGAGAGAGAGAGAGAGAGAAAGAGAGAGACAGAGAGGAGAGGAAAAAAAAGAGCGCUUGGUGCCACGACCCAUUUCGACUUUCAUCUCCUAUUCCUUCUGUCACCUUUCCUCACGAGAACCUCCGACCCUUUACGUCAGAAAAGGACCAACUUCUAAGAUGGCUGUCGCAACCCGUUUCCGCCUGGCGCCUCUGGCCCUGCUCUUCGUGGCCACUCUCUCGUGCCUGGCCGCUCAGACCCACGCGGUUGACUGCAGGAAAUUCGUGUUCGCACCCGUGUGUCGUGGCAUCAUUGCGAAGAGAAUGUUCACUGAGAAAAGGUCGUCUAUCAGGGCUCUACCAAACACCUGGGAUGCUCAGUUCAGGGCCCCCCGAGAGACUGAGGACGAAGGCCUGCUAUUGGCUCAGCCCUUCGAUGACGUCACUAACUUGGAGCCACGCCCUCAGGAGGAUGUGGUUGUUGUGCGCGCCGGAAAUGACGUAGUGCAAGUUCCCGCUUACGUGUACGAUGUCGUCGAAAGGAGUCUUCGGGGCGAGCAGAAAUAAAUCAGAAAAAAUGAAAGACCAAAGAAAGGAAGAGAGAGAGAGAGAGAGAGAAGCUGCAAAACAGGCCACAUGAAAUCGAUAUCUGCAACGCAACGAAAGAGGGAAGAGCAAGAGAAGGGAAAAGUCUUUUAAAGAAAUAAAAUCAUUGUUGAGACCUUGUGGUUUCUGUCCAAACUGGUUGUUUUUCUUUCGAUUCUGUUGAGUGCGGACACGCGUGCGCAUGCGUGAAAGAGUUCGUAUGAAAUUCCCGUUUUUCUAAUGCCGCCUCGUGUUCAUGUGAAUCUGGCUGAAUCCAGACGAAUCCAGACCAAUUCAAGCAUUUUCAGACGUGUUUAUUUAUUAAUUUAUUUAAUUUAUACAUAAAAUGAAGUCUAUUCAUAUUUUUUUAGGGCUAUUUAAGGAACACUGAUUUGUUAGUCAAAGAAAAAAAAAGAAGCUUAUAUCAUAGUGCAAUGUAUAUCCGAUUAAAACGGUGGCAUUAGCGAAAUUGUAAUGCGAAUGGAAAUGUAUAAUAGUAUUAAAUGAGAAACUAAAGAGAAUUAUAUCAUCUGCAAACCCUGUU